AUGAAGCCAGACGUUACGGCACCAGGGAUGAAUAUAUUGGUUGCCUGGCCUCCUACAAUGAGCCCGACAUGGCUGAAGAGUGAUAAAAGAAGUGUUGAGUUCAACAUAAUCUCAGGGGCAUCCAUGUCAUGUCCACAUGUGAGUGGCCUGGCUGCCCUCCUUAAAUCUGUACAUAGAGACUGGUCUCCCUCAGCGAUCAAAUCAGCUCUAAUGACAACAGCUUAUAUGUUAAAUGACAAAUUUACUCCAAUCAGAGAUGUUGUUGCUGGUUCUUCUUCCUCUUCAGAUUUAUCAAUACCUUUUGCAUUUGGAUCAGGACAUGUUAACCCCGAGAGAGCAUCCGACCUGGGGCUAAUUUAUGAUAUCGGCAUUGAGGACUACUUGAACUACCUGUGCAGUCUGAACUACACUUCAUCUCAAAUGGCUGUUGUAGCUCGGCGGAGUUUCACUUGUCCUCCUACAAAUCAAUUUCUUCAGCCAGGCGAUAUGAACUACCCGUCAUUCGCUCUGCUUUCUGACAAUGGUGCUAUUAUGCUAACAUACAAGAGAACGGUGACUAACGUUGGGGCCCCGAGAGCUAGAAGUAGAGCAGCCCGCGUUGGCUUCAUUCUUUACAACAAAACUCCACCGGCAAACCUGACUUCACCCGGGGUCCUUUUGCCAGCCCUUCCAAGGAGCUGCAUUACUUCUUCUGUUGGAAGAACCAGUCUCGCAUAG